UCUCGCAGUCUGGUGCACUUUGCCCGUGCAGAGGAGACUGAAGCGAUGCUCGUGCCCCAGAGGAGACCGCCGGCUCUUUCAUUCACGCAUUUAUGAAUAAAUAAGGACAAAGAAUCUCCCUGCGAUUAAAAAAAACACCUCAAAAUGGCUCCUUUUUCUAAGCGCGCGAGGAGGAGGAGGAGGUGAGAGCGGCGCCGGUGAAGAGGAUCAAGAUAGAAGCGCUUUUCUUGGUCUGAGGAGGCGGAGGAGGAGGAGGAGGUGCGCCUGUGUUCUCUUAUCGUGUAAGAGGAUAAAAAGAAAAGGGAAAUUAAGCUGUUUUUACGGGACCCUCUCACGGUAACAGCAUGAGUAGCGGGCCGGAUGAGAGCUCGGUGCGAGUCGCCCUGAGGAUUCGUCCUCAGCUGGCCAGAGAAAAGAUCGAGGGAUGUCACAUCUGUACGUAUGUGAUGCCGGAGGAGCCGCAGGUGGUCCUGGGUAAAGACAAGGCUUUUACCUAUGACUAUGUCUUUGACAUGGACUCCCAUCAGGAGAACCUCUACACCCACUGCACCGAGAGUCUCAUCGAGGGCUGCUUUGAGGGCUACAACGCCACCAUCUUUGCUUAUGGACAGACGGGUUCGGGGAAGACCUACACCAUGGGAACCGGCUUUGACGUCAACAUUGGAGAGGAUGAGCUGGGUAUCAUUCCCCGCGCCGUCAAACACCUGUUCAGAGGCAUCGAAGAGCGGAGACAGGCCGCCACGGAGCAGGGCAAACCAGUUCCCGAGUUCAAGAUCAACGCACAGUUCCUGGAGCUGUACAAUGAGGAGGUGCUGGACUUGUUCGACUCAACACGGGACAUCGAGACCCGGAAACAGAAGUCCCAUGUCAAGAUCCACGAGGACGCCAGCGGAGGCAUCUACACCGUGGGAGUCACGACACGCACUGUGACCUCUGCAGCUGAGAUGAUUCAGUGUCUAAAACUCGGCGCUCUGUCUCGUACGACCGCCAGCACCCAGAUGAACGUCCAGAGUUCACGCUCACACGCCAUCUUCACAAUCCACCUGUGCCAAGUUCGAGUUUGCUCUCCAGAAAAUGAUGAUAACGCAACAGACAACCGUUUAGCCAACAACUCAGAGAUUAAUGAGUUUGAGACACUGACUGCUAAAUUCCACUUUGUGGACCUGGCUGGUUCAGAGAGACUAAAGAGAACUGGAGCCACAGGAGAGCGAGCCAAAGAGGGAAUCUCCAUCAACUGUGGGCUGCUUGCCCUGGGAAACGUCAUCAGUGCUUUAGGAGACAGAAGUAAACGCUCCUCACACGUGCCUUACAGAGACUCCAAACUGACACGGCUGUUACAGGACUCCCUCGGUGGCAACAGUCAAACUGUGAUGAUCGCCUGCAUCAGCCCGUCAGACCGCGACUUCAUGGAGACCUUGAACACCUUAAAGUACGCCAACCGAGCACGGAACAUCAAGAACAAGGUGAUGGUGAAUCAAGACCGAGCCAGCCAGCAGAUCAGCGCUCUGAGGACUGAAAUAGCCCGACUCCAGAUGGAGCUGAUGGAGUACAAGACGGGAAAGCGAAUGGUGGGUGAAGAUGGGGUGGAGGGCAUCAACGACUUGGUCCAUGAGAACUCGAUGCUGCAGACGGAGAACAACCACCUGAGGGUGAGGGUGAAGGCCAUGCAGGAGACCAUCGACGCUCAGAGAGCCAGACUGACUCAGAUCCUCAGUGACCAGGCCAACCAGACUCUGGCCAGAGCAGGUGAAGGUAAUGAAGAAAUUGGAAACAUGAUUCAGAACUAUAUCAAAGAAAUUGAGGAGCUCAGGGAUAAACUUUUUGAAAGCGAGGCCGUGAACGAGAACCUCAGGAAGACCCUUUCUCGAGCUUCCACUCGCUCGUCGCUCUACGCGGGACCCGGCUCCUUCUCGCCCGCCCUGCUCGCCCCUGAAAACGAGGCCAGCGACGUCAUCAAUAUGGCCAAGAAGGACUUGGAGAAACUGAAGAAGAUUGAGAGGAAGAAGAAGAAAAGGCUAAGACGAUACGAUGAGCAUCACCACCAAGACGUUGAACCUGCCAGCGUCGUCAAAGAAGAAGUGCCUGACAAUGAGCAGGAGCGAGUAAAUGAGGAGGCAGAAGCAGAUGGCAGCGAUCACGAGGAAGGCGAGGAAGCAGAAGAGGAGGACGAUUCCGACAUGGCGGCUGAAGAGACGUCUGAUGAGUCCGACUCUGAAGAACUGGAGGAGAAAGAGAACGUCCAGGCUGAUUUGGCCAACAUCACUUGUGAGAUCGCCAUCAAGCAGAAGCUGAUAGACGAGCUGGAGAACAGCCAGCGGCGUCUACACACGCUCAAACAGCAGUACGAACAGAAGCUGAUGAUGCUGCAGAACAAGAUCAAAGACACGCAGCUGGAGAGGGACAAGGUGCUGCACAACAUGGGAUCAGUGGAGUCAGGAACCGAGGAGAAGGCCAAGAGGAUCAAAGCUGAGUAUGAGAAGAAGCUGAGCUCCAUGAACAAAGAACUGCAAAAGCUCCAGUCAGCACAGAAGGAGCAUGCUCGCCUGCUGAAGAGCCAGUCACAGUAUGAGAAACAGCUCAAGAAACUCCAGCAGGAUGUGACUGAGAUGAAGAAAACCAAGGUGGCACUAAUGCGUCAGAUGAAGGAGCAGCAGGACAGGAACAGGGCCACUGAGUGCAGGAGGAACAGAGAGAUCGCCACACUGAAGAAAGAUCAGCGCAGAGCCGAGCAUCAAGUAAAGCAGCUGGAGGCCCAGAAGAGACAACAGGAGUUGAUUCUGCGCAGGAAGAACCAAGAGGUAACAGCUCUGAGGCGACAGGUGAGGCCUUUGGCUGGGAAGGUAAACAGGAAGGUGAGCUUACCUGAACCUGUGCAAGAGCCGUCACAUCGAGCCACACCUGGAAGGCUGCAGACCCCCGGAGCAUCACAGACCAAUGGAGCCAGGAGUUCCCUAGUGCGGAUGGGAAGUAGUUACCUCAAUAAAUCAGCCAGGGCCAAAUGGCAGUCACUGGAGAGACGCAUCACUGACAUCAUCAUGCAGAGGAUGACCAUCUCUAACAUGGAGACGGAUAUGAACCGACUGCUGAAGCAACGUGAGGAUCUGACUAAACGGAGGGAGCGAGUGUCCAGAAAGAGGGAGAAGACGGCAGUUGACGGUGCAGACGCUGACCGCUCCCUGACCUCACUGAACGAGGAGCUGGAGUCUCUGGGCGCCAACAUCGACUACAUUAAUGACAGCAUUGCUGACUGUCAGGCCAACAUCAUGCAGAUGGAGGAAGCCAAGGAGGAAGGCGACACAGUGGAUGUUGUUGCUGUGAUCAGCUGCUGUAACUUAUCGGAGGCUCGCUUUCUUUUGGACCAUUUCAUGACUCUGGCCAUCAAUAAGGGUCUGCAGGCAGCGCAGAAGGAUUCCCAGCUGAAGGUUAUGGAGGGCAGGUUGAAGCAGACGGAGAUCAACAGUGCCACCCAGAACCAGCUGCUCUUCCACAUGCUAAAGGAGAAAGCUGAGAUCAACCCAGAGCUGGACGCUCUGCUGGGCAGCGCUCUGCAAGAGUUAGGUUACCUGUCACCAGACAAUGGAGAUGACAGCAGUAGUGAUGAGUCUACACCCAGCCCAGCUGCAGAGGGCAGCUCACUUGCAUCAGAUCUGAUGAAGUUAUGUGGUGAAUCCAGACCAAGGAGUAAGGCUCGCAGGCGAACCACCACGCAGAUGGAGCUGCUGUACGCAAGCAGUGGGGAUCUGACCCAUGUUUCCCCCACUGGAGAGUUCUCGCCCACCAUGCUGCCCCUCUCAGAGCGUCUGGAGGGGCCGGCCGACAUGCAGGGUCACAUUGUUGUACAAGCGCCUGACCGCGAGCACACUCCACCUGCACUGUCUGCGAGGCCAGCUGGCAUAUCUGGAUGCAGGUCGCCCACUGGGACAGAGAGGAGGCAACUGGACCGCUCGCCCCUCAACCGAAGAAAGACACAAGACAAAGCACCCGCUGCGACGACGACACAGACCCCAGCACCGACGCACACGUCACCUGUCAACGCAGCAGAAGCCAAAACAAAAGGCAGCGACUACAAAUCGCCGUUGGAAGAGUCACCUGCAUUUGAAGGCCACAGAGGUGUGAUCAACCCUGUGACGUCGCCUAAAAACAGCCGCGGCGCCAAACUCCAGUGUGUCUACGUAGCGGAGGGCCACACGAAGCCUGUUCUCUGUGUGGACGCCACUGAUGAUCUGCUCUUCACAGGAUCUAAAGACCGUACGUGUAAAGUCUGGAACUUAGUGACGGGUCAGGAGAUCAUGUCUUUAGCAGAUCAUCCCAGCAGUGUUGUUUCAGUCAGGUACACCUCUAGUCUCGUCUUCACAGUCUCCACUGCUUACAUCAAAGUCUGGGACAUCCGCGAUUCUGCCAAGUGUAUUCGCACGCUUACGUCAUCAGGUCAGGUGGGUUCAGGCGACACCUGUUCCUCAGCCAGGAGUUUAUCCAUCCCACCAGGAGAGAGCCAGAUUAACCAGAUCUCGCUCAACCCUGCCGGCUCCUUCCUGUACGCUGCCGCUGGCAAUUAUGUGCGCAUGUGGGAUCUGCGCAAGUUUGUGUCUACGGGGAAGCUCACCAGCCACUUGGGGCCUGUCAUGUGUCUGACUGUUGAUAAGUUAGGUAAUGGACAAGACGUCGUCCUCACUGGCUCCAAAGACCAUCACAUUAAAAUGUUCGAGGUGGCAGAAGGUGCUCAGGGCAGCAUCAGCUCCAUCCACACGUUUGAGCCCACGCAUCAGGACAGCGUGGAGUCCAUAGCCGUGCAUGGAGAGGUUUUCUACAGUGGCUCCAGAGACUAUUACAUCAAAAAGUGGGAUUUAGCCAGUAAACAGCUGCUACAGCAGUCGGCCAGUGCUCAGGCAGACUGGGUCAGCGCUCUGGGAGUGGUGCCGGGCUCCCCGGUGCUGGUCAGCGGAUGCAGAGGAGGGCUGCUGCGCCUCUGGCACGCCAACUCCCUCGCACCGCUGGGCGAGGUGCGGGGACACGACAGUCCCAUCAACGGCCUGGCCACCAACAACAGCCAACUGUUCACUGCCUCAGAUGACCGCACAGUGAAAGUUUGGGAAGUUAAAGGUUCCCUGGAGGACGGAGUCCACUGACAUCUGAUUUGUGCUAAUCACAACGUGGGCCAGCAUGUGAGCAGCGUCCACUGACCUCCAACCAAUCAAAAUCAAUCUGUGAAUGGAAGCUCAAAGUGUUGGGCCCCCCCCCCCCCCCCCCCC